UUAGUGCCUGGGUCUUACGUAGCAUCUUGGUUGAAAGAAGAAAGUGUCCGCGUUGCGCUGCCUCUACUUCGGUGCAGAUGGGCGUAGAAAAACGGCCAAAAGUGAAUUCGAUUGCUGGCGCGCAUUAAUAAAACGUACUACACGCGUAAGCAUUGACUCCCAUAAAUCGAAGUGUUAAUGUGGCAGUCGCAAGAACGGUGCAGUGGGGCAGCAGUGCGUCGGCGAUCGGUCGUCGGUGGUGAAAAAGGUCCCGUGUCCUUCCGAUAGGAGGAGCGGAGGAGAAAGCUGCGAACAGCACCACGGUCCAGCUGUGUUCACCACGAGCCUGAUUUUCCCCUUUCGUUCUGCAACAUCUGGCAUCGACGGGUGUUUUACUACUCGGUCCUUGAAUCCAGUUGUCCGUUCUUUCGCGUACCAAAAAGGCAAGCGUACGGAAGAAACGUCAUCGUCAUCGAAAACGGGACAUCACGGAACGGUGCCACGACGGGCUGCCAAAAAAGCUACAACGCAUUAUUUUACGUCGCCUGUCGCGUUUCACCUUCGCACUGGUGUCGUCGCAAAACUCAUAAUCGUGAUUCGCGUGCAUAGCUUCCUUCCCUCCCUUCAUUGCGGACCAUUUACCGUACCAAUGGCGUUUCUGUGUUAAUGCGUAUGUGUCGAUCUAUCGUCGUCGUCGUCGUCGUCGCUUCUUUUGGCGACGUUUACAUACCGCACUUACUCAUCGAGGAGGCACCAUCCAACGCACACUUGCACACUACGAUCAGCGAACCACACACGCACACACGCUUGCACUUAGCUGCACCAAGGUGACGUGCAUCGAGCGCUGUACGAACGAGCACGUGCAGUGGUGUGUGUUAUCGUUCAAACAACUGUCAGUUGUGGAGGGCUAAGGAGUGAGAAGAGGGACCGCCGCCGUCUCUUUGCACGUGUGCGAGCGAGAGGAUGUGACAGAAAAACAAAAAUAAUACUAUGGGUGAAGGGCGGUGAUGGUAGAAGUUUCGUUUUGUCUACGCGGAGGUGUUUACACGGAGUUGCCUAGGUUCUUAAAUUAAAUAGAUUUUCAUUUCACCAUUAUUUUCCCGUUCGUGCGGCUGCUCGCAAUUCGUGUUUUGGGUGCUGAGUGAAAAAGUGCUGAAAUUUUCUCCGCCACUGUACGGCGAGAAAACCCUGGGUGCAGUGUGUGUGUGGGUUUCUUCAGUGUGUCCCGUUGUGGCCAACGCAACGACCUCAUAAGUUUGUGUCCAUCUGCGGUACAUAACAAAAGACGUAGUUGCAGCUUGAGUUUGACUUGAGCCCUGAAAAAAGAGAGAGAGAGAGAGGCAGGAACAGCGGAAACCGGAAGGUUGAAGUGAUAAUGAAUCGUCCAAGUGCGGUGGUAGGUCGCUAAUCUUCGCUGGUUACAGACAACCCACAUUUGCCCGAACAUACCACAAUUGGAAAGCCUACAUGAUGUGAUAAAGUGAGCUGCAAAGGGGAACCUAUGUUCGAGAUAGAAAAAAGUGUCCACUGCUAUUGUGAUCUUGCGCUGCCUCACAUGGGAUGUCACCUAGCGAGGACAUACCAUCAUCAUCUUCGGGUCGUUGCGAAUAACUUUGUUUAAACAAGCGGCCGACAGUUUGUGUGUGAACGGAUAUUUAUCAGGUUGUUGCCUGAUUAUCACAGCGUCUGUGAUCCAAGUGUGCUAGCAAUGUAAGUUUGUGCAUUGCCUUUGAUCGUUGCACUUCAGAUCAGAGUGUUGUUAAUUUUCCGCUGUAAUCAAGCGUCGAACACAGUUUUACGUGGCUUGCCCGAGAUCAAACAAGAAACAGACUUAUUCCAAUCGAAAAAUACAUCAUUGCGUAGUUUUUGUACUGCAACCUAACCAGCAUCAUGUGGACCCCAUCGUAUGACAUCAUAAUCGAAACAUUGACCGGAUCCGAGUUCGAGGUGACGGUCAACGAUCGAGACACGGUUGGAUAUCUGAAGUCGGAAAUUCAAAAAUAUGAAGGCAUUCCGAUCAGUCAGCAGCAUUUGCUGUACAAUCACAAGGAGCUGAGCGACAUGAUGGAGAUGAAAGAUAUCCCGCUGGUAAAGGGUUCGCGCGUGAAGCUUGUCCUCGGCAUGAAGGGAGGCCCAAUCUCUUCCAAGCGACUUUUCACCAUUUCCUCCGACUACGACAACUGGCUUGACAUGAGCGAUGUACUGUCCGGGGAAGAUUUAAUAAACUUGCAAAGUCCAGGAUUAAAGCUUCUUCUCUACAAAGACAACAAAAAGAACGUUCAUCGAUUGAUGAAAGUCCGUGCAGAAAAGGCCUGCGAUGGUAUGAAGGGGUCGAUGUCGCGUUCGAUCAUCGGAAGCGGUGCAUCCGGCCCGGGUUCCUAUGGGCCAGGCAACCUCAUCAGUCAGAAAGAGCGUGAUGCUGCAAUAACUAAGCAGAAAAUGGAUCAAAUUAAAGCUAAAUUAAGUAUGAAAAAGAAAAGAUUGGGCGGUACGCAGGUGAAUAAAGAGGAAGAAUGUGAACCGAAAUCAGCAGGACAGAUAGAGGAAUGUUCGGCUGUAAACGAUUUUGCCGAUGGCGGUAGCAGUAGCAAAGCGAUACGCAAUCCGACCCAGCAAUACAGACAUAAGAAACGGCAUCACCAUUAUCACCAUCAUCAUCAUCAUCAGCACCAUCCGCAUCAACAUGAGACUGUUAUCAAAGAGGAAAAGACACCCAUAGGCUACCGACCGGGAACGGGCGGGAGUGGCGGCGGUACAGCACUCGUAGCCACCGGACAUAACGCGUCGAUGGUGGGAACUAUUGGAUCAAUGCUACCGAAUGCCGGAACAGCGAGUGCUACACAUCCAUGCAAAUCCAUGCCCACCGUGAUUGAUAUUGGACGGUCGGAGCAAGAGCAGGCCAUACCACCGAUUAGCUACGGGUUGGUUAAUCUGGUACAUGGUACGACAGCCGCCACUACUGCAGGACGUUCGCCAACGUUGGAGCUGGAAAAACGUUCCCAAAUCCGUGAACAUUUGCAACGAAAUCGUUCCUUCAAAACUAUUAGUGCGAAAAACUUGGACUUUGCACGCGAAGGAUCACCACAGGUAGGCGGCGGUGGGUUAAGCGAUCGUCACUCGGGAUCGGCCGGUCUCGAGCGAUCACUUUCGUUCCAUUCGAACGGCAUACUGAGCCGCAUGGGAUCAGAAACGACACUCGAUGGCGGUUAUAGCAACAUACGGCGCUGUACCGCUGGUGGCCAAUUGCGCAAUAAUCACGCUAGUCUAGGCACACGGCACGCAGGGAGUGGAGUGGGAGGAGGAGGAGGUGGAGGUGGCGCAUGUACGACACAGUCGCUGCAUAAGCUGGACGAGAGCCGUGUAUCGUCCGCCUCGUUGCAUGACCUUAUCGAGCUGCUGAAGUAUACACAAUCGAAGCAGCGCACCAUAUCGAACGAUUCGCUCAAUAAGCUGAUGCUGAACUACUCGAAGAAAGUGUACGUGCCGCACCAUCUGUAUCAUCAUUCACAGGCAGGUAAAAAAUCACUUCCAGAGAUAAAUCCCUCCUUGAACAACAUAGACGAGUAUCUGCCGGAUUAUGAUUUCGGGUUGAAAACAUCUUCUGGCAUGGGCUCAGCAACAACUGCUGCUGCUGCAGCCUCUUCGACCGGAGGUGCUAUACCGAAGAUGGCAACUAGAAGUGAAGAUUCAUUGGAUUGCAAAAUUGCUUCGGCGGAGUACGCCUUCAAGAAUGCCGGCAGUGGAGGAAUGGACAAAUCGUUCCGCACACUGUACAAAGCAACAUCCGAAGACAGCAGCGUUUAUGAGCUGCCGAAAUUACUCAUCCGUGAAGAUUCCCCGGUCGAAUCGUUCCUUGGCUCUUACUCGCAGCUAGAAACGGUCGCAACUCGUCGAGGGGAAUCACCCAAGAACAAUUUUAGCUCCCCGUCCAAUCUGCAAGAUAUCGAAGGUACCGAUACACUCGAUCCAGAUGCCCAGGCGGUGUUGCCCGAACCGGGUAUGCUUGAGCUAAGACCUAUACCCACUAGCUCAUCGGCUGCGCUUGUUGGCGAAGCGAAGCUGGCAUCAGAAUCGUUGCUUCAGUUCGCUCAAAUUGCGGCCGAAAGUGUGAAAUCAAGCCAAGCGGCUGCCGCCACAUCGUUAAGCUCGAGUUCGCUGUUCGGAAGCAACAGUAGUCUGGCCGGUACUGCGGUCAGCGGUGACGGUACAAGCUUUGCAGGCGGUGCAAUGAACGGUACCAGUAGUUCAUCUGCUGCCUGGUGCCAGCACUGGAAUCAUCGGCAAGAACAUCAGCAGCCGCACGAUGGUAAUUUCCCUGGUUCAAGCGUUUCGCAUUUGAUUAACCCCCGGCGCCAUCAUUCGGAUUUGGAUAUUAGCGAACUGGAGCUUAAGUUUAUCAACACCGAUGCAAAUGCGACAAGUCAUGUACCCGAUGGUAGUAUCGCCAUGAAUGACACAAGCGACUACACAAACCUUAUCAAGCUUCCUGCAAUAUCGAACCUGGGCGCAGAUAACGGCUGGCUCCAGUUGUCAUCGUGGGAUACGGUUCGUUUCGGACGGGAGGACGAAGAUGCUGACGAUGAAGAAGUGGUGGACGAGGAAGAGAUACCCGACCACGAGGAAGACGACCACGAUGAAGAGGAUGACGAGGAGGAGGAAGUGGACAAUGGGCAGGAUCGGGACCGUGUUACAUCCUCGUCGUGUUCUUCGAUACGAAGACCGCGUGAAUCUUCAAACUCGACCAGUUUCAUUCACAGUCAUCUAUCGAUAUCAUCCGAUGAGGACGAUCUGCUGAACGUUGCAGAAAUGCGCGAUGGUGCUGGCGUGGUCGGUGGCGCCUAUAAACCCGGCGGUAACAAAUCGAAAUCGAUCGAUCUGAACGAAUUUCGCAAAGCGUUCGGUAGCAGUCCCACCCUGCUGAACGGAUUCCGUGGAGGUACGAGCUGUACCCGGCUGGUGCCACAGCUUUCUCGGCUCGAGACAAUUCCCUCGCAGUACAGACGUGGCUAUACGAACCUGAAUGAUGCGUGUCUGUCGAGCUCCACCUCGGAACUGGAGUGUGUUAGUAAUGGUGCGGCGAAGAAAAAGCACCCGGGAUUGUUGCCUCCACCGAAUGAUGAUUCGAGCGUCCUUUCGUCAACGUUGUUAAAGUACCGCAAGGAUGGAAGUGUUCCUUACGUGCGAAGUAAUGAGAAUUUAAAUCGCUAUAAAAUUUCGUUGUGCACGGGAACUACGGCACGGCGGCGAAUGGGCGAUAGUGAUGAAGCACUGGCGGGAAGUGAUGCUUUGUACCUGCGGCAGCGUCAACAAUCGAUAGGCGCCGGUCGGCAUUUGCCAAGCAUUCGUGAUCAUCUAGCGAGCAUCGCUGAUUCGGAAGCAAACGAAACGGCGGACGCUGCUUGCAAUGGUGUCAACAAAAGUGUCAAUGCAUCCGAUGAAAGUAACAACGCGAAUCGUUCCUUUGUAGUUGGUGGUGAUUUUGAGUGUAAAUUUUCGAGAUUAAGUUGCUGUUCGGCACCAAGCGGUGAUGUUCCGUCGAAACCGUUCUCUCCCGGUGGUAAUCGACCAACGGGUGGAAACUAUCGUGCUAAGGAACAUUCGUCGGCCGUCGGUAGUAGUGCAGGACUAAUGAGAACCACAUCAACCGCCGCUACCGCUGACGAUCGAAAUCGGUUCCUGUUUGGCGAAGAUGCAACCUCAUUGCAGUAUAAUGGAAGCUCAUCUUCGACGCAUCUACAGCCAACCGAUUAUUACUUCCCAUCGGACGAAAGCUUGUUUAAUAUGGAUUCGUUUUUUGACGAUUUCGUUGAGAUUGAUACUAGCGACAUAUUUGAAAGUACUGAAUAUAUUAAUAUUAAUUCUGGCGCGGCAGGAAGAAAAUGUGAUACCUCUUCGAACGCGUCGACCACACUUGUGCUGCCCGAUAUACAUGCAAAGCAGCAGCAGCAACACCAGCACUCGCAUCAACCUUCAUCACAGCAACAGUUGAAUCACCACCACGCACUCCAACGUUCACAGUACCAUGCUAGCGAGAACUUGGAACUGCAACAGCAUCAGCUACGAGUGCUUCGAAAUUUUAAGUCAUUUACCUCUACAAGUGCAGAUGAUGGUAGGAAGCAAUACUAUCGAUCCGGCAGUGGACAGGGUAGCUCAUCAUCUGCAACGGAAGCCGACUGCGCUAGAGAGGGAGAAAUACACUUUUCCGCCCAUCAAGCAUUCCUGCAAGCGGGUCAAAAUAUGCGUGAUACGGAAGAGGAAGGUAUCGCUUCCAUCAUUCAGCACAUGGAUCGUGAACGGUUGUGCGAACAGCGGACGUCCUCACUGCCCGAUCCGACGAUGGCAUCCUCCGUCAUAUUCCAAGACGACAAGGAACGACUGUUGCGGCUCACCGACUAUCCGGCCGAUCAUCGCAAACCGUCCGUUAUCGGUGGCGCAAAUGCAAACGCAACCCAACAUCACACGACGGAGCAGAUUAAAUCGAAAAAGUUACGGUGCGCUCAGUGCAACAAGAAGCUGGGCGUGAUCAUGAUCAUGAAGUGUCACUGUGAGAAAAUUUUCUGCGCCCAGCAUCGAUACGCCGAGGCACACAACUGUUCGUACGAUUUUAAGGUUGAAGGUCGCAAAGUGCUUGAAAAGAAUAAUCCCCUCGUCGUGGCGGAUAAGUUGCCGAAGAUUUAAACUUGCUGCAAAAAGGAUAAGGCACAGUCGGGCGAAAACCGGUGCGAUGGAGAGGAUCGAGAGUGGCAUGUGAUGUUGAGGUUUUGUGUGAAGCAAUUAAUGUGUAAGUUUACAAGAAAAUGCUAGAUGUGAUUCGUUAUCGUUUUGUACAGGGUAGUAGGGGAUGAGAAUAUGAAGGCUGGAUGUAUUAUAAUUGCUACUAAAAAGAAGGAAAAACACACUGUUUCCCCAGUUUUGUGAAGCUGUGUAAGCUUAAGGCA